AUGGCUGGGAUCGCAGACGCUUGCCUUUCCUGUCUGUCGACAGUUGACCGCUGGUGCCAUAUCACCGCUUGCCUCGGUCCUUUGGGCGGUCGCUCAAGAGAGGGAAUCUACGAAACAACGCUGGCCGAUAACGAACGCGAAGCCGUGUCUGAUCUUCUGGGCUACCUCGAGAACCGAGCCGAAACAGAUUUCUUCUCCGGCGAACCUCUCCGAGCCCUUAGUACUUUGGUGUACUCUGAUAACGUCGAUCUCCAACGAAGUGCGAGCCUGACGUUUGCCGAGAUUACAGAACGAGAUGUGCGCGAAGUCGAUCGGGACACCCUCGAGCCUAUUCUGUUCUUGCUACAGAGCUCUGAUAUUGAGGUGCAACGAGCUGCGAGCGCAGCUCUUGGGAACCUUGCCGUAAAUGGUCUGUCCGCCUUGCCUCACUUCUUGACAACUGCUGACAGGAAAUAG